AUGCAGGAGCCCGUGACGGCCGUGGUGGUGACGGAGGGCGACCUGGAGGAGACGGGCGACCUCGCUCCACUGGGGCUGUCGGCGGACGCGGCGAGCAGGGAGAAGGGUUCACCUGAGGUCCCGGAGAAAACCGGCUACCCCGACUCCGUGUACGUUAUGGCGGCGAACGUCUUCCUUGGUAUUCGAAUGGAAAAGUCUCCAGAGAAGGUCAUAAUCCACUACGGGAAGGAGCCCCUGCCGUUCUGGUCCCUGCGCGGGGACGAGUCCUCGCAGCGCCUGUCCUACGAGCUGGCCUUCAGCACCCUCAAGUAUCAAGAUAUUUUGGAAACUAUAUUAAUAGACAGCUAUAUUUUCCCAAGUACCACAAUACCAGAUCAUUUGAGCAGCCUUGUUAUUGUGAUGCUGUAUGAUUUCCAAGAUAGAAAAUUUCAAGCUCGUGUGCUUCCUUGUAAUGAAGAGUCCAUAUCAGAAGUUCAAGAAGUAGAGAACCUUCUUAACAGUUUUAAGACAAAAUUGGCUGCAGCAUUGGCAAGAUAUCGAAUCAAGCAUGAUGCCCUUUCAAUUUACCACAUUCUGCCAGAGACAGUUAGGAAACAGGAACUAAGGGCCUCCACCUUGCCACUUUAUGCUUGGAUAAAUACUUGUAAAAUCAGCCCUGAAGAAGUUUAUAGUGAUUUACAGAAAAAAGGCUAUAAUAAAGUCAAAUCUAUAUUGAAUCUCGACGAUAAAGUCUUUGCUGUGGACCAGCAUUGCUACAAUGUCUUAAUUUUUCCAUCUCAUCUUAAAAAGGAUCUUAUAAAUAUAGAUCUUUUCAAAGAUUAUAAACUUAUUUUCCAGGACAAAUCUAGAAGUCUUGCUGUUCACUCUGUAAGAGCUUUAUUGAAUAUGGAUGAUGAUAUCUUAAUGGUCAAUACAGGCUCAUGGUACACAGCUGCCCAUAUGUCAGUCUUAACAAAUGAGAAUACUUCCAAAAUUUUUGUCUGUGGAGUACAAUCACAAACUAAGGAUACUGAUGGGAAGAAACUUUUCACAAAAAUGGGAUGUAAAAAUAUUGAAAUACUUCAUGAGACAUUUAUGAACAUUGAAUUGAAGGAUCAGAGGUUACAGAAUGUCAGAGUGAUUCUAUUGCUGCCUCGCUGUUCAGGACUGGGUAUUAGUAAUCCAGUGGAAUUUAUUUUAAAUGAACAUGAAGAUACAAGUUUCCUUAAAGAUUUUUCUCAAGGAGGCAUACCAGAAACGAAACUUCAGAUUCUCACUCAACAGCAAUAUGAGCAAUUAACACAUGCAAUGAAAUUUAGCAAUGCUCAAGCAGUUGUUUACUGCACAUGUUCAGUUAAUCCAGAAGAAAAUGAAGUGGUUGUUAAGAAAGCACUAGAAGGUCAAAACCUCGGGAUCAAGACACAACCUUACAGGCUCAGUCCUCCUGUUCUUCCACUGUGUUCCUUAAAGGAAAAUUAUUUGUCUACUGACAAAUUUUUCAGAAUAGAACCAUCUGAAAUCACCAAUGGCUGUUUUCUUUCUAUUUUAAUAAGAGAGCGAGACCCAUCUGAGACAGUGUCUGUGAAAGAUGUUUUGGCCCGAGCAGCAGCAAAGGGUCUGCUGGAUGGGAUUGACUUGGAGAAAUCCUCCAAACGGGAGAAGAAGAAGAAGAAGAAAUCAAAACUAUCAUUGACAAAAGCUUCUGGGAAUGAUAAUGACAUCCAAACAAAAAUCACAGAGUUCCUGAAUCGAGAAAGUAAAGCUGCUGCUAAUCAGUCAGAAACAUUAACAACAAAACCACCUCUCCCACAGAAAAGUAUGACUCAAGUGGGUGCUUCCUCACAGAUCAGAAAACCCAGCAAGCCUGCCAACACUCCUUUAGUGGCCACAUUGACAAAAAGCACUUAUUCUUCCAGACCCGGCGAACAACAGACAAACUUUAGAAGAUCUCGCCCAGAAGGCAGAUUGCUUUCUUUGAAACCUGUGGAGAUUAUUUUGCCUCCAGUAAUGUUCCCAUUUUCAAGUCCCCAAGGGGUCAGACCUCAGAUGCCAACUGAACAUUUUUCCUACCAUUGGGUUGCACCCAAAACCAUACCCUCCUACUUUCCCACACCACCAGCUUUCAGAAAAGUGGAAAAGCCGAAGGAAAGCUUACCCUCCUCUCCACUUGGGCGUCCUCGACCAUGGCUUUGAGUGUGUGGCCCUGGCCACAGGUACUGCUGGUAUUUCUUGAAGGUUAGACACUGCCAUUGCAAGAUACGUGUGCUUUCAGUCACUUGCUGUCUUCGAAGUGUGAUAUUACCUGCAGAGAAGGAAGACGGGUGAGAAGCAGUAAUGGGCAGAGGUUGAGUGGGCAAAAUCAAGAUUUUACAAGCUCAGUGCUAACCUGGUUUAGGGUGUCUACAGUUUUAAGACUCAGAAUUAGCUCUUAGAACUUCCUACUCCUGAGAACUCAGUCUGGACUAAGCUAUAGCUAUCUCACUUGAAGGGAAAAUGGUUUGCUUUCUAGCAGGCUGCUUUGCAGACUUCACUCAGAGGGGCUCACUGGAAAGUUCUGGGGUGCAAAGGAUGCCUUUCUUCCUUACCCCCUCCAGUUGGGGACUGUCAGUUACUGCAGUUGAACCUUUUCAGUAACCAUUUUUCCUUAAGCAUCCCACUGUUCCUGAAACAGGGUAUGCCAUGAGCUAUUGUAAUGGACUGAGCUUGAGUAGGCGCAGGAAGCACAGGAGGUCCCGAAGUGCCAGGUGUGUGCACACAUUCAGAUGAAGUUUCUGACAGAAAAGUGUUUCUGGUGAGUUGCCAGGAUCCCAAGUUGACUGAGCUUAAGUACCUUCCCUUCUGCCCAUUUAUGCCAAACACAUGCAAAAAAGGACUGUGAGCAAAUGUCUAUCUAGACAUUCCUAGUUCUGAGA